CGGUUGUUGCAGGCGAUGUUGUUUUACGCUCCCCGAUGGCUGUGGAAGUCAUGGGAGGGUGGCAAGAUCCGCGCCCUCAUGAUGGACUUGGACGUGGGCGUGUGCACCGAGAUAGAGAAGAAGACGAAGAAGAAACUGAUCCUGGACUACUUGUGGGAGAACCUGAGAUACCACAACUGGUGGGCGUACAGGUACUACCUGUGCGAGGGACUUGCUCUUGUAAAUGUUAUAGGGCAAAUGUUCCUGAUGAACCGUUUCUUCGACGGCGAGUUCAUGACGUUCGGACUAGACGUGAUAGCGUAUAUGGAGUCGGACCAGGAGGAUCGUGUGGAUCCCAUGAUUUACAUAUUUCCAAGAAUGGUGAAAUGCACGCUAUUCAACAAAUUCGGCUCGUCAGGCGAAGUCGAGCGGCACGAUGCUCUCUGUAUUCUACCGUUGAAUGUGGUCAACGAGAAGAUCUACGUCUUCCUCUGGUUUUGGUUCGUCAUCCUCGGGUUCCUUACCUUCAUCACGUUGUUGUACAGGCUUGUGAUCAUUUUCUCCCCAAGAAUGCGUGUCUACAUGAUGCGCAUGAGAUUCAGACUGGUCAGACGCGACAAUGUCGACACGAUAGUAAGGAGAAGCAAGAUGGGCGAUUGGUACUUAUUGUACAUACUCGGAGAGAAUCUCGACUCGGUGAUAUUCAGAGAUAUAAUGCACGAGUUUGCCAACAAACUGAAUCACAACUAUCAGCAUCAUAUCCACGGUGUUCCGGACGCGUGACCUCCGAUCCCCGGGUGGGUAUUCCACACGUGACUGACGUCGUUGCAGCGCGACAUGGACCCGCCCGUGUGAGUCACGCUCGAAACCACUAAAUAAGUGCGUAAUGAGUCAAAGAGAAGAAACUCUUUGUUCAAUUCGGAGACGUGACAAGCGGACCUAGUCGGCUGCCCUGAAGCACCCCACGCCUGAUAUAGACAAUACUACGGAGUGUAUCAAAGACUUCUUUAAUGCGAUACUAUCUGUAAUUAUAAGAAUCGUAACAGUGCAAUUCUAAACACGCAAUAAUAGUUUGUACUUAAUCUUUAAGAACGUGAUCUCAGGAUGAAUCCUAUCGAAGGCCUUUUAAAUGUCAGUGAUGACGGCUAUCCCGUUAGAGUUACUAGUGUUCAACUUUUAGAAAUAUUUUACUCAUAGUUUUGCUGCUCGUAGUUAAUUCAAACCGCUAUCUUUUCUCUAUUCUAGAUAUAAAUUGAAUGUAAGCACACAAAUAAGGCACACAACUUUAUCUUUUUUACACAAUUUCUC